CGCGACUAGUGCUGACGGCGGCGACGAAAUUACGCAUGCGUCUAUUCUUUGCAUGGCGAGCACUUGUAUUCUAGCUGUAGCGGGGAUCGCGGUGGCGGUGUUACUGAUACUGACUCUGAGGCUGUGGCUAGUGCUUCAUGCCCAGGUCGCUGUGCCGCGUGAGUCUCUCAGCCUCCUGGUGGUGGCGGGGUCCGGUGGACAUACCACUGAGAUUCUGAGGCUGCUUGAGAAGUUGUCCGAUGCUUACUCUCCUAGACAUUACAUCAUCGCUGACACCGAUGAAAUGAGUGGCCAAAAAAUAAAAUCUUUUGAACUAAAUAGAGAUAAUAGAGACCCCAGUACCACAUUUCCCAAAUACUUCAUUCACCGCAUUCCAAGAAGCCGCGAGGUUAAGCAGCCCUGGCUGUCCACGGUGCUCACCACCUUGUACUCCACCUGGCUCUCCUUUCCACUGACUCUCCGAGUGAAGCCAGAUUUGGUAUUGUGUAACGGACCAGGAACAUGUGUUCCUAUCUGUAUCUCUGCUCUUCUCCUUGGGAUACUCGGAAUAAAGAAAGUGAUCAUUGUCUAUGUCGAAAGCAUCUGCCGAGUAGAAAAUUUAUCCCUGUCUGGAAAGAUUCUAUUUCACCUCUCCGAUUACUUCGUUGUUCAGUGGCCAACACUUAAGGAGAAAUAUCCCAAAUCUGUGUACCUUGGGAGACUUGUCUGACAAAUGACAACUUGUAGUCAACAAUAUUAUAAUAGGCCGGGGAUGGGCCUAUUAUACAUGUUAAUUGUGUAAAGACUUUUGAACGUCCUGAGAAAUUUUGGUGGUCAAAAGUAAAAAAUGUGUAAAUAAUUCAGUGAAGAAAAAGGUUGCUCUUAUAAAACAGGCACUAAUAAACUUUUAAGUAUUUGUGUCUCUGUGCACCAACUUUCUUUUCUAUAUAAAAGUAUCUAUCACUCCCGCAUCUUAUCUUCUGACUUGUUUUAGUGAUGUGUUUUCUAGAACCACAAAUAGAAUUUGUAUGGCUAAUAACAUUUCCUAUUCAACAGCUUAUUUUUUUUCCAAAGCAUUCUUCAUUGUCAAAAGGAAAGAAAAAGAAAGGGAUUUCUUAGUUUUUGUUCAGCUACAACAGGCUUUAUUUCCUGUAUGGCAGCAGUGAAGUCCCUGGUGAAUCCAGCAUAAAGAAAACACUUCUAUUAGCUUGAAUUCAUGACAGUUUGCACUCCACAGAAUUCUAGAACCAUAAACAUAAACCAUUAUUUUUAUUUUGCUCUUCAGUCUUACUUUGUGAGUAGUUGACCUCAAUCCAGAAUACCUUUUAAAAAACUGUUGUUUAAUUGUUCAAAUUAAAAGGUGACCAUUGUCAUAGUAAUAAAAAUAGAUUCUGUUUAU